AUGGUGAACAAGUACAACAAGGUGGGCCAGGGCAAAUUCGAAAUGAGGGAAGGCGUGUUCCACGAGAAGGGGGGGCGGGCAAACAACUGGGAGAAGGAGCCCAAGGGAUUUAACGCAGAGGAGUUGCAAAGCUUCUUCACCACGUGGAGGAAAUUCUGCAAGGAAAAAAUAAACGAAGUGGGCGAGAGAAAAAACUUCCUUAUAUUUGACAAGGAGAAAGAUCUGGACAGCGGAAACACGGAGUACUUCAACUCGUAUAAUUACAUUCAUAUACAUGAGGACAUGAUAAAGGAUGAAGUGAGGACAAGGACGUACUAUGAUGCCAUUAGGAAGAAUGAGCAUUUGAUAAAGGACAAAAUUGUGCUGGACGUGGGAUGCGGUACAGGCAUCCUUUCCUUCUUUGCUGCCAUGUCAGGGGCGAAGCAUGUGUACAGCAUCGAAAAGAGUAACAUCAUUUAUACGGCGUUAAAAAUCAGAGACGAAAAUAAUUUAACGGAAAAAAUAACCUUUUUGAAGGGACUGGCUGAAGAAAUCGAGCUGCCAGUCGAUAAGGUGGACAUUAUAAUUUCCGAGUGGAUGGGUUACUGCCUUUUGUACGAAAAUAUGCUGGACACUGUUCUUUACUGCAGAGACAAAUGGCUGAGGGAGGGAGGGUUGCUUUUCCCAGAUAAGGCAUAUAUGUACAUGGCUGGAAUUGAAGAUAGCUUAUAUAGGGAAGAAAAAUUUGAUUUUUGGAGAAAUUGCUACGAUUUAAAUUACACCUCCGUGUUACCAAUUUUGAAGGAAGAAGUUGUUAUAGAUUAUGUAGAUAAAAAUUUCAUCGUUACGGAUACUUGUUGUAUACUAAAAUUGGACUUAAAUACGUGCACGAAGGAUGAUUUAUCUUUUGCUUCCCCCUUUCGAUUAAAAAUGACCAAACGGGAUUAUUUACAUGCACUGGUCAUAUGGUUUGAUGUCUCUUUUUCUGCGUGCCACACGGAGAUCAGCUUCACCACGGGGCCGUACGGGGGCCACACCCACUGGAAGCAGAUCGUGCUGUACACGGACCACGUGCUCACUGUGGAGAAGCACGAGGUGCUCCGCGGCAUGUUCGCGCUCAGGAAGAACGCCAAAAAUAAGAGGCACAUCGACAUGAAGCUGCACUACGUCUUCGACGGCGCCCACACGCGCGCGCGCGCCACGCAGUUCUUCAACAUAAGCUGAUGCGUCGGGAAAAAAAAAAAAAAAUAGCUAGCCAGGUGGCUG